UCAGCUGAGCGGCUGUUUCCGGGUUGUGUGUCGGUGUAUGUUGGUGUGUCCCGUGUCGCUCCGUCGGGCUGCAGGUGAAGCUUCUCCCCGGUUUUACCGACUGACCCCCGUUAGAGCCGCAGCGGCGGAGGAGCUGAUGACGUCAGCCAGCUGUUUCAGGGACAGAUCAGCUGUUUGAUCUCAAGGAUCUACUUCCUUUGCACCGCUCCACUACCGGAUCACUGCGCAGGAGAAAUAGUCCUAGCGGCCGCCAACGGACCCCUUAAACCCGUUAAACCCGAGAGAAGAAAAGUGAGUUAGAGUUUAUAACAACAAACCGAGCUGCAGUAGCGACCUCCGGCCAGCGGGGCGCUGUGACGGUCUGAUCAGACAGGAAGCUACAACAACAACAACAGCAGCUGAUCAGUCAGUACCAUGAACGUGUCUGACAGCGACGAGGACUCGUACAACGAGCGGACGGCAUUGGUGGCGUCUGAGAACCCGGCGCUGCCGUCCUACAGACCGGAACCUGACCCGACCCCGCCCACCGCCAACGACACGCCCAAACCGCCAACCGCCAGCAGGAGGGCACGGCCCGCCGCCGCCGCCGUGGACCAGAGUGGCAGCGGCGGCUCAGACCAGGAGGCGGACCCUGACGAGGAGGAGCUGACUCUGAAGUAUGGAGCGAAGCACGUCAUCAUGCUGUUCGUGCCCGUGACGCUCUGCAUGGUGGUCGUGGUCGCCACCAUCAAGUCCGUCAGCUUUUACACGGAGAAGACCGACCAGCAGCUGAUCUACACGCCGUUCACGGAGAACACGGCAUCCGUCGGCCGCCGGCUACUCAACUCCGUCCUCAACACCAUCAUCAUGAUCAGCGUCAUUGUGGUCAUGACCAUCUUCCUGGUCGUCCUCUACAAGUACCGCUGCUACAAGUUCAUCCACGGCUGGCUCAUCCUGUCCUCCCUCAUGCUGCUCUUCUGGUUCAGCUUCAUGUACCUUGGCGAGGUGUUCAAGACGUACAACGUGGCGGUGGACUACCCGACGGUGGGCAUGGUCAUCUGGAACUUCGGGGCGGUGGGGAUGAUCUGCAUCCACUGGAGGGGCCCGCUGCAGCUGCAGCAGGCCUACCUCAUCCUCAUCAGCGCCCUCAUGGCCCUCGUCUUCAUCAAGUACCUGCCCGAGUGGUCUGCUUGGGUUAUCCUGGGCGCUAUCUCCGUCUACGACCUGGUGGCCGUGCUGUCCCCUAAAGGUCCUCUCAGGAUGCUGGUGGAGACGGCACAGGAACGCAACGAGCCCAUCUUCCCCGCCCUCAUCUACUCCUCCGCCAUGAUGUGGACGGUCGGGAUGGCGAGCCCGGCGGACGCUCAGCGCUCCGGAAACGAAACAGACGAGGAGGCAGAGCAGAGCAGCAGGGGGGCGGAGCCUGACAGACGGCCGUCCCGAACGUUUCCUGAGGACGACCUGGAGGAGGACCGUGGCGUGAAGCUCGGCCUCGGAGACUUCAUCUUCUACAGCGUGCUGGUCGGAAAAGCUGCGGCGACCGGCGGCGACUGGAACACCACGCUUGCCUGCUUCGUCGCCAUUCUGAUUGGCCUGUGCCUGACCCUGCUGCUGCUGGCGAUCUUUAAGAAGGCUCUGCCGGCGCUGCCCAUCUCCAUCACGUUCGGCCUGGUCUUCUACUUCUCCACAGACUUCCUGGUCCAGCCAUUCAUGGACAACCUGGCAGCGCACCAGUUCUACAUCUGAGGAGGCCCCGCCAACCUCGCCGCCUGUCGGUGUCACGCACAGAGAUGACUUCCUGCCGCUGCCUUGAGACCCACCACAGGAAGUGAUGUAAUGCAGAGGACGCUGGCGACAAAGUCUAAAGAUACUGUAACUCAUCACCGCAGCUGCAUGUGAUUGGCCGAGGCUCCUGUCAGUCAGAGCAGAAGAGCUCUUUCUGACAGAACCUGAAGCCUCAGAGACACUCAGUCACCCUGAUAAACAUUCUGGUUCUAUCUUUUCUCUGUGUGGAAGCCCAGAAAACUGUUCUGUUUUUCUCAAGAUAAUGACCUCCAAAUCGAAAAAAGUUUCUCAAAAUAUCAACUUACUUUUCUAGAAAUAAUAUCUUGAAUAUAGUUACUUAUAUACUCAGAAUAAUGACUUUAUGUCGAGAUACUGAGCUGUGAUUAUGAGAAAGAAUCUCAUUAUAUAUUUUGCUCCAUAUCUUAUGACGGUUAAUAAAAUAUAAGGGUUUUUUUACUAUUUUUAGUUUAAUUGAUUAGUAGAUUAAAUAAAUUAUUGUUGGUUUAAAGACUUUAGAGAAAGUUUUAACAGUUUAAGAUUCUUUCACCAAAAUCACAAAGAAAUAUUUUUUCCAGACUCACAAACUGAACUCCAAAUAAGUUUAAUGAGCAUCAACUGGAACGUUUCAAUAUGAAAUUUUCUCCCAGCGGGGGCCAGGCAUGAGGGGGCGGGGUUUAUAGGUUCUGUUGAAAAGAUUCCGGUGCAGGAUAUUAUUUUGUAAAUAAAACAUGUUGAUAAGAUUCUGUUUGAUUUCAGUGUUUCUGUGCAAUAAAGUCAAACUGUCAAACUUCU